GCCAUCGCCGCGCCGCGCCGCCCCGCGCCGCCCCGGGUGUCGCUGCCAAGCUACAGGUGGCCGCGGCUCGCGACGCUGCACUCGCUGGCUUCACGCCUGCUGAAGAUGAAGAUGACGACGGCAUCACGUGACGAGCUUGACAGGUGUUUCGACGAUUGCUGCUGCUGUGACGUGUGUGUACGUCCCUACCGAACGGUGUGGCAGGACCUGAGACCCGCUUUGGUUGCUCAGUGCCAGUGGGCUCCAGCCUUCAGUGAUUUGUGUGUACCGAUUCAAAAUACACAUUUUCUCAUCUCUCUGCGGCAAUGUUACAACCUAGACCUACUGUUCAACACCUGUUGCUCAAGACAGUGUUUCUAUUAACAUAUUCUCUCAUGUUCGGUGUGAAUCGUGUUUGCGCACAGUAUAAAGUAACUCAAUACCAAUAAAUCAUUGAACAUUAGAACUAAUUAAGAAGUAUGGUGGGUUCUUUAUUGUCAGUUCGGUGAUAAAUCUUUUCACAUUGUAAGGACAUAUACCCGUAAACAGAAAAUCCUUCAAGAUGUUGCCAACCAACGUAAUGUCCUUCAUGAAGAAGAUGGUGACCACAAACGAGACUGCAGUUGGUGCCGAGUCUGCCGAAUCUGGAACAGCUCUGAGUAAAUUACGGCAAACGCUUUCAUCUAGUUUAAUGACUGCACAAGACAAAGUUACGAAAUUGUCUCCAGUGCGCCAAUCUGCGUCGACGGAAGCUGCUGCGACGCCCACGGAAGACAAGACUUUGCCCAACGACAGCACUGCUCCGAAGCCACAAAAACCAGAUGUGGCCAAACCAGUUAGUCGCACAGGAACAUGCCGCGUGUGUCUAAAGAGCUUCAAACCCGAUGAUUUUUUCCGAACCUGUUGUGAAUGCCAACAAAAAGUGUGUGAAGACUGUGCUUCGUAUUCUAAACCUGAUGAAAAUGAGGAUGAGAGUCACUGGCGAUGCAGUAUCUGCCGGCGGAAGCUGCAAAGCCGAGCCCAACCCGUCAUGCAACAAGACUCUACCGACAGUUUGCUCGAUGUGCCGGUGCUGGAAGCACUGCAGCGGCGGCACUCGGAUGUUAAGAUUGGGUCCAGCAAUCUCACCGUCUCUGGAGGAGUCGUGAGGGCUAAGCUUUGGGCUACGGCAUUACCUGAAGCUCAGGCCGAGGCUUUCGCUGAGGCUCGGGCUGAGCUAGGACUGAGGCCCAGGCUGAGGCUAGAGCUGAGGCUUGGGCAGAGGCUUGAGCUGAGGCCUGAGCUGAGCACAAGCGCCGCCCGCUGCCGCGCGGGCGGCGACGCCGAGGGUGGGCGCGGGGCGGGGGCGGACGGCGCGCGCCCGAGCGACGGCAUGGGCUGCGCGGGCGAUGGGGGCGACGCGGGCGACCCGGGCGACGCAGGCGGCGCGGGCGACGGGGGCGACGGCGGCAGCCUAGGAGGCGGCAACGUCACCUCGGGGGAUGGUGAUUCGACGGGAGCGACGCCUCAGCAGGAAAGACGCGCCUUCGACAGCUGGGACGCGCGGCUCAAACCAGACGGAGGCGAGGCCGUGGACCACAGCGGCCGGCCGCGCGCCUCCAUGGGCGACGUGCUGGCGCUGGUGUCGGGCGACGCGGGCGGCGGCGGGGGCGGCGACGAGGACGACGCGUGGCGCCGCCACCGCAGCCGCACCGCGCGCCGCAAGUCCCGGGUCACGCGCCAGCACAGCUACGACGACGAGCUGAAGAACUCCAGCGGCGGGGGCGGAGGCGACGCGGGCCAGCUGGGCGGCGGGCCCGGCGGCGGCGACAGCGGCCUCGGGUUGCCGAUGUCGCUGCCGCGCCGGGCGUCCGCCUACGACGUGUACGCGGUGCGGUCCGGCGGCGCGGAGAGCCCCGGCCUGGGCCAGGGGCUGGCGUCGGCGCGCCUGCAGGGGCAGCAGCAGGCGCCGUCGGCCGGGCCCGGGGGCGGGCGCUGCGCCAACGGCCUUGGCGACGCGGCCGACGACGCGGCCGCUGCGCAGGCUCAGGCCCAGGCCCAGCGCCGCCCGUCCUUCCGCGCGGGCGAAGAGGCGACGGCAGCGCAGGCGCAGGUGCAGGCCCAGGCCCAAGCUCAGGCCCAGGCCCAGGCCCAAGCCCAGGCCCAGGCGCAGGCCCAGGCGCAGAUAAUUCCAAGGAGCAUAAAAAAAUCAAAGUAUUGCUUUGUCCCCGAAACACGGUGGCGAGCGUGCUCUGGUGUUGCAGCGGGCUUCGAACUCCCGUCCUCGCCCAUGUCUCCGGAGGCGGGCAGCCCCACGGCGAUGUCGCUGGGCGUGGACGACGAGCGGCGGUCCAGGCGCCGCGGAUCCCAAAUGGUGGAGCGCGCGCUGCCGCAGACGCCGCUGUCGGGGGCGGCGGCGCCGGGGGCGGCGCGGCCCUCCUCCACGCCGCCGCGCAACAUGGACGACCUGCGCCAGGGCAGCGUCGCCGGGGAGGACAUCAAGAUCGUCAUUCACGAUGUCGACUCCGACGCCAACUUCAGUUCCCACCCUGGUAGAAACCCCCCUGGUAGCACAAGAGUUGCGUGGAGUAGUAGCCCAUGCCCUUUGCUCAUGCAGCAUGUUUCGGUUGCAGAUUCGCGCCCUGGAGCGAAGCGGCGAGUGGUGCUUCGCCGAGAUCCCAGCGACAAGGCGCAUCGGACUCGAGGCUUCGGCAUGAGAGUUGUGGGAGGCAAGACGGGAAAUGACGGCCGCCUCUUCGCCUACAUCGUCUGGACGGUGCCUGGGGGACCGGCUGAGAAGGGAGGACUACAGCAAGGAGAUAAGGUGCUCGAAUGGGACGGGGUGCCGCUGACGGACCGCAGCUUCGAGGAGGUGUGCGACGUGAUGGACCGCGCUGGCGAGAUGGUGGAGCUCGUCGUGGAACAUGCCACCGACUUACGGAUGUGUGAUUUGCUGGACGAACCAACAUCUAUGAUGUCUAUGUCCCGGAAAGCAAACGAGAAUUUGGUUAUGCAACUGGUUGGGCGUUUUGCUUUGGGUUUACAGCCCCUUCGCGCGGAAGCACUCGUCAGCGCAUUCGAGUGGCGCAGCUGGCCAACAGCGCAGAUGCGCGCCCGUGCCACCGCCAGCUGA